UGGCGCCAAAAUGUUCCCGCCGAAAAGCCAAGGUCCUGGCGCUCAAGCGCCCAAGCCGUGACGGUCUUUGGGGAUUGUGCAGUACUGCAGACAAGUUAUCCGCUUGCGAGUGGCCAUGGAGUGCGUUGUGAAUGGGUUGCAUCAAGAGAACAACAGAGAUACAAAAGAUGUGUUCUGGACUUGGCGGCGCUUCUUGCUGGCCGGCAAGGGUAUCGAUCGUAAUUUAUGUGUUGUGUUGUGUUCGACACCUUUUGGUACAAUGUCGCACCUCUUGAUGCACUACGCUACUGCAGAGCACCACCAGAGAGCCCAUCGAUUGCAGAGAUGCGAUCCUGCGUCGAUCGUUCGAACGAGAUCAAGCCGAAAGUUGGUUCCAGGCACAGGCAUGAUUCGCAUACGUAGAUGCCGUGGAUAUUUACCUACAUUCACAUGACAUUGGUUCUCGCGAAGUGGGUUUAAGGCAAGCAUCGCCCGCAACGUAGAAAAUGUCGCCUGCGCGACGCUGAGGCGUUUCCCGAAGUUCGAAACUAGAUGGUUAUGACGCUGCUGGCUACGUAGGAC